GGACGCACGGACGCGGCGCCGCCACAUUCCUAUGCCCUGGAGGAGCGGCGGCGGCUCCCGCGGGAGGCGGCCGGCUCGCGCCGCGGACAGCUGAGCUCCUCCUCCCGCGUCGCCGCCCGGGCCGGCCUCGCCCGGGCGCCGACGGUGGGAGCUGCUCCUGCUUCCCCUGCUGAUCCCCGCGGCGCCGAGGCCACACGAUGUGAAGGUUAGAGCCGGGACCUCCCGAGGAGCCGCCUGGAAAGAUGGGGGAUGCUGCAGACCCCAGGGAGAUGAGAAAGACGUUCAUUGUUCCAGCUAUCAAGCCCUUUGACCACUAUGAUUUCUCCAGGGCCAAAAUCGCCUGCAAUCUGGCCUGGCUGGUGGCCAAAGCCUUUGGGACAGAAAAUGUGCCAGAGGAACUCCGAGAACCAUUUUACACUGAUCAGUAUGACCAGGAGCACAUCAAACCUCCUGUUGUGAAUUUGCUGCUGUCAGCUGAAUUGUACUGUCGUGCUGGGAGUCUCAUUCUCAAGAGUGAUGCUGCAAAACCCCUGUUAGGCCAUGACGCUGUCAUCCAGGCUUUGGCGCACAAGGGCCUUUAUGUCACGGACCAGGAAAAACUGGUAACUGAGCGAGAUCUCCACAAGAAACCCAUACAGAUGAGUGCUCAUUUGGCCAUGAUAGAUACCCUGAUGAUGGCGUAUACUGUCGAAAUGGUCAGUGUAGAGAAAGUAAUAGCGUGUGCUCAACAGUAUUCAGCAUUUUUCCAAGCCACGGAGCUGCCCUAUGAUAUUGAGGAUGCUGUCAUGUACUGGAUAAAUAAGGUAAAUGAACACUUGAAAGACAUAAUGGAACAAGAACAGAAAUUGAAAGAACCUCACACUGUUGAAACUCCAGGAGGUCAAAAGUCUCCUUCCAAAUGGUUCUGGAAACUGGUUCCAGCUCGUUAUAGAAAAGAGCAAACAUUGCUUAAGCAACUGCCUUGCAUUCCAUUGGUAGAAAACUUGUUGAAAGAUGGUACAGAUGGCUGUGCUCUGGCUGCCCUUAUUCAUUUCUACUGUCCUGGUGUUGUCAGGCUGGAGGAUAUUUGUUUGAAAGAAACCAUGUCUUUGGCUGAUAGCCUCUAUAAUCUGCAACUGAUUCAAGAAUUUUGCCAAGAAUAUUUGAACCAGUGUUGUCAUUUUACCCUGGAAGAUAUGCUGUAUGCAGCUUCAUCCAUAAAGAAUAAUUACUUGGUGUUCAUGGCGGAGCUUUUCUGGUGGUUUGAAGUCGUGAAGCCGUCGUUCGUGCAGCCCCGUGUUGUCCAUCCGCAGGGAGCUGAACCUGCAAAAGAUGUGCCUUCAGCUCCCAUCUUGAAUGCUGCCAAAAGAAACGUCUUAGAUAGUUCUGACUUCGCUUCAAGUGGGGAAGGAGCUGCAUUUAGCCUCUCUCAUCAUCAUUUGCCUUCGAGACAUUCACGCCCACAAGCCCAUUCUUCAACCUCAGGAGGAAUUAGAAGGUCUUCAUCUAUGUCUUAUGUUGAUGGCUUCAUAGGCACAUGGCCUAAAGAGAAAAGAUCAUCAGUGCAUGGAGUUUCAUUUGAUAUUUCUUUUGAUAAAGAGAAUAGUGUACCAAGAUCUACUCCAAACCAAGGAAUCACUCGUUCUGUUAGUAAUGAAGGCCUUGCUUUGAACAACAACCGUGUGUCUAAGCACAUUAGGAAAAAUUUGUCCUUCAAACCAGUGAAUGGAGAAGAGGAAACAGAAAGCAUUGAAGAAGAACUCGAUAUUGACCCUCACAGUGACAUCAAAUCUUAUGUUCCCCUUAAUAGAAAUGCUCUAAAUUCUAAUGAGAAUAUUCAUUACAAGCUUCCAAAUGGAGCUUUACAAAACAGAAUACUGCUAGAUGAGUUUGGCAAUCAGAUUGAGACACCAAGCAUUGAAGAAGCAUUGCAGAUAAUUCAUGAUACUGAAAAUUCUCCCCAUACACCACAGCCAGACCAAAUUGCUAAUGGCUUCUUUCUUCACAGCCAGGAAAUGAGUAUCCUGAAUUCAAAUAUCAAGCUAAAUCAAUCUAGUCCUGAUAACAUAAUGGAUACAAAAGGUGCCUUGAGUCCCAUAACUGACAAUACUGAAGUAGACACUGGAAUUCAUGUUCCUUCAGAAGAUAUACCAGAAACUAUGGAUGAAGAUUCUUCUCUGAGAGAUUAUACUGUAAGUUUAGAUUCUGACAUGGACGAUGCUUCUAAAUUCCUUCAGGAUUAUGAUAUGAGAACUAGCAAUACCAGAGAAGCUUUGAGCCCUUGUCCUAGUACUGUGAGUACCAAGUCUCAGCCAGGUAGCAGUGCCUCCUCUAGCUCUGGGGUUAAAAUGACCAGCUUUGCUGAGCAGAAAUUCAGGAAACUGAAUCAUACGGAUGGGAAAAGUAGUGGAAGCAGUUCACAGAAAACUACACCAGAGGGCUCUGAACUUAAUAUUCCUCAUGUGGUUGCUUGGGCACAAAUUCCAGAAGAAACAGGCCUUCCCCAUGGACGGGAUACUACCCAGCUAUUAGCUUCUGAAAUGGUGCAUCUUCGGAUGAAACUAGAAGAAAAGAGACGUGCCAUAGAAGCCCAGAAGAAGAAAAUGGAAGCUGCUUUUACUAAACAGAGGCAGAAAAUGGGAAGGACAGCAUUUCUGACUGUAGUAAAAAAGAAAGGGGAUGGGAUUUCCCCUCUUCGAGAGGAAGCAGCUGGUGCAGAAGAUGAGAAAGUCUAUACUGAUCGGGCAAAAGAAAAAGAGUCACAGAAAGCUAACGGACAGAGGAGCAAGUCUCUAGCGGAUAUAAAAGAAAGCAUGGAGAAUCCUCAGGCCAAAUGGCUCAAGUCUCCAACCACCCCUGUUGACCCCGAGAAGCAGUGGAACCUGGCAAGCCCCACAGAAGAAACUUUAAAUGAAGGCGAGAUUUUAGAAUACACCAAGUCUAUUGAAAAGUUAAAUUCAUCUCUGCAUUUUCUGCAACAAGAAAUGCAGCGCUUGUCACUUCAGCAAGAGAUGCUCAUGCAGAUGAGAGAGCAGCAGUCUUGGGUGAUUUCACCUCCCCAACCUUCUCCACAGAAGCAGGUUAGAGAUUUUAAACCUUCUAGGCAGGCAGGCCCAUCAUCAACCGUUGCACCGUUCUCAUCAGACUCCCCUCGGCCUACUCACCCAUCUCCACAGUCUUCUAACAGGAAAAGUACGUCUUUCUCAGUUAAGAAUCAAAGGACUCCGAGGCCAAAUGAAUUAAAAAUAACACCUUUGAAUAGAACAUUGACGCCCCCUCGGUCUGUGGAUAGUCUUCCGAGGUUAAGGAGGUUCUCGCCCAGUCAAGUUCCCAUUCAGACGAGGUCAUUUGUAUGUUUUGGGGAUGAUGGAGAACCUCAGUUAAAGGAACCCAAACCUAAGGAGGAAGUGAAAAAGGAGGAAUUGGAGCCCAAAGAGGCUUUGGGGCAGCAUGUACACAAUCCAGAAGAAAAGGAGCCCAAACCUCUAGAGUCAACAGUUUCUGAAGUCCUGUCACAGCCUAUCACAGAGACUGUGUGCCUGACACCAAACGAGGACCAAUUAAGUCAGCCCACAGAACCUCCUCCGAAACUUGUUUUCCCACCUGCUGCUCCUAAAAAUGUUAACCUGAUUGAAGUUUCCCUCUCAGAUUUGAAACCUCCUGAAAAGGCUGAUGUAUCUGUUGAAAAAGAUGAUGGAGAAAGUGAUAAAGAACUGUUAGAUGAUGACCAGAAAGUGUGCUGUGGAUUCUUUUUUAAGGAUGACCAAAAAGCAGAAAACGAUAUGGCAAUGAAACGGGCAGCUUUGUUGGAGAAAAGACUAAGAAGGGAAAAAGAGACUCAGCUCCGGAAGCAACAGCUGGAAGCAGAAAUGGAGCAUAAGAAAGAAGAGACAAGGCGUAAAACUGAGGAAGAACGUCAAAAGAAAGAAGAUGAGAGAGCACGCAGAGAAUUUAUCAGGCAAGAGUACAUGAGGCGAAAGCAGCUGAAACUAAUGGAAGACAUGGACACAGUCAUCAAACCUCGCCCUCAAGCAGCAAAACAAAAAAAACAGCGCCCAAAAUCUAUUCAUAGAGAUCAUAUUGAAUCUCCCAAAACUCCAAUAAAAGGUCCUCCAGUCUCUAGCCUUUCUCUGGCGUCGCUGACCACGGGGGAUAAUGAGAGUGUGCAUUCGGGCAAGCGGACACCACGAUCAGAGUCUGUAGAAGGCUUCUUAUCUCCAAGUCGCUGUGGUAGUCGAAAUGGGGAAAAAGACUGGGAAAAUGCAUCAACCACAUCUUCAGUGGCUUCUGGAACAGAAUACACAGGACCAAAGCUCUACAAAGAACCCAGUGCAAAAUCCAAUAAGCACAUAAUACAAAAUGCUCUAGCCCACUGUUGUUUGGCUGGAAAAGUAAAUGAAGGUCAGAAGAAAAAAAUACUAGAGGAAAUGGAAAAGUCGGAUGCCAACAACUUCUUAAUCUUGUUCCGGGAUUCAGGCUGCCAGUUCAGAUCUUUGUAUACUUAUUGCCCAGAGACUGAAGAAAUUAAUAAACUGACUGGGAUAGGCCCAAAAUCGAUCACUAAAAAAAUGAUUGAGGGACUUUAUAAAUAUAAUUCUGACAGGAAACAGUUUAGUCACAUACCUGCUAAAACUUUAUCUGCCAGUGUUGAUGCAAUUACCAUCCAUAGCCAUUUAUGGCAGACCAAGAGACCCGUAACACCAAAAAAACUCUUACCCACUAAAGCAUAGGAGUUGGGAAAUACUCACUUCAGAACAUUCAUGGUAAAUUUGCACUUCAUCUUUCCUGCCUAUAGAAAAUCUUUCUAUUGCCAACAAGACUUUUAUUAAUUAAAACUGGACAUUAAUCUCUGUUGUCAUGAACAACUGGAAUGUAAACCACAGUAUUUUGGAGUGCAGAAGAUUCCCACUUAGGUGUAAGUCCAAGAGAUGAAGGAAGUAUUUCAAAUCACCAGUGGAGAUUUGUGUCAUUAGGUUCACCUGCUUGAUGCUAGCUACGCUGAAGCACUGAAUUCUCGUGGACACUAGUUGGAUUUAUGGUUGAAUUAUGGCUAAGACUACAGAUUAUGUGUUUUUAUUUGUUGCUUUUUUUUUUUUUUUUUACUUUAAUGUAUUUGCUUGUCUUCAAUGUUUUAUUUGGCUGUUUUUCUCCCCUUGGGGUUUGUUCUAAGAUACCUUUGUACUUUGUUUCAUGUGGCGAUAUCAUGAGUGUAGGAAAUACACCGUCCGAGGUAAGUCGCACCUUUCUUAGAAGGCUAAGAGAAACACUAGUGUUUAGUUUUACAAUAACCCUCAUGUUUUAAUGGUGUUAGAACAUUUGCAAGAAUUGUUCUAAGUAUUUACAAUUCUGUAUUUAUUAUUCACUUAAGUAUUAACCUUUCUCCAUCAAAAUAAGAGGAGAUGUGGUAAAGAGCUGCUAGUAGCUUCACUUUAAACCACAUGAGCUUAACCAAGAAUAUGUUCUGAGAAGUUGCUGAUUAAAUCAGUGCUGUUUCUAUGCCACUUCUGGACAACUCUGAAUUAUCUAGAUUAUUGUUUUAACAAAAAAGGCUUUCUAUCUCUUUUAAAAGUAAGUCACUUUACAAGCUGGCAUAAGUGAAUGACACUUUGAGAGUAGUCUUGCAGUCUGAUGAUGUGAGACUUGCUGCCAAGUUCUCAAGAGGUCUUUACAGUAUAUUUAUAACUGAUAUAAAAAUUAUAUUUAGAAUUUUUAAACAUGUACAAAGGGCUACAUUUUAAUUUUAAAAUAGCUUCACAUUAUUUUACUUAUAUUGAGUUAUUUUUUCCUUUUUUAUCCUUUCCAAGUGCAACAACUUAGAGUUUCAAGUGCACACUUGAAAUCCCCUCUACAUGAUCUUUGUUCCAUUAACAGUGUAUACCAGAGGGAGGGUUAGCUGGGGAAAAACUUCAUUCUCAGGAAAAGACUUGAAUGAUUAUGUGACCCUGUAUGUUUCAGUGUUGUGACAACUGUGUAAACUUAAGGGGAAAGACAGUGGUGUAACAUAAAUGAGAUGUGUGGUUCGUUUUCUUUCAUGGGAAGUAGAGACUAAGAUAUAUACAUUUCUCUAAGUGAGCUGUUUAGAGGAAUAACUGAUAGCCCAUAUGAUGUAUUACUUAUUUUAAAGAAGGAGUAGGAAUGAGAUGUCCCUGAACUGUACUUUUCUAUUUUAAGACCCAUUAGGCAUCAGUGCAUCCGGGUUAUCAACAUUUUCUCAAAUGCUGUCAAUAUUUUACUAUAAUUUAUGUUCUUAUAUUUAUGUAUAUUUGUUAAAACUGUAAAAAAAAAAAUUUCACAGAUUUUUUUCCAAUACCUGUGCAAGAUAUAUGUGUAGCUCAAAACUAUUUGUGACCUACUGUUUGCAUGUAAGAGACCAGAAUAUGUAACGCUCAUAUUUUAAGUGUAUACAUACUGUGUAUAUAAUAUAUGAAUAUUAAAAAUGGGAAUUGCACAUUUUACCUUUCAGACAAGUUUCUAUCACAGAAGGAAAUGAAUGCCAACUACAUUUAGAUUGACUAAAAAUAGUAAGUGAAUAAUCAAAGCGUGGUCAAAAGUUAUUACUAAAUUGGUUCUUUUCAAAUUUCCCUUAUCUAAGCAAUUUUCUUUAUGAUAUUGUCCAUGAAGUUUUCAAAAAUGGGAUGUAAGACAGUAGAGGAAUUAUUUCACAUAGUAUUCUUAAAUUUAUGUGCAGUGUCCAUAAUGUCUAAAGGUAGAAUGUUAACAUUGCCACAGAAGUUCAUUGCACUCAGUAUAAUAUUUUACUCUACUAAUACAAAAGGAAAAUGGAUAUAUUUCUUUAAGUCUGCAGAUUUUUUAAAAUUACAGUAUGGCUUUUUUUUUUUUUAAUUAUGUCUUAAUUACACAAAUGAAAAUUACGCUGUCUCAUGAAGACUGGAGACUUUCAACCUUACUGAAACACUUCGGUGCUUUCAUGUUCUGAGGUCAAAUUAUUAUGGCAGUGACUCAGUUACGUUGCCAACCACUUCUCACGUAUAACAGUGCAGCCUGGCAAAUUCUGCUCUUUGACAAGGCUUUGGAAAGUGUUUAAUUCCUCUCGGUUUUCAAUUUUUUUUUUUUUUUUUUUUUUAGAAUAACUGUUACAGUUUUUAUUUGGCUGUUUAAAGCCAAAUUCAACUUUUUAAUUAUGGUUUGAUGGACACUUUGGGGCAAUGUAUAGUGUAUGGUGUGCUUACCUGUCCACUCUAGAGCAUUGCUUACAGGAUUUUUUUUAAGAUGCUGUGCUGUAAAAUAUUGUCAUUAGCUAUUUCCUGGUACAGUGUAGUUUUUCCCCUUUUAUUUGAAUAAAAGCAUGGCACCAACUGA